CAGGACCACAGGUCAGGGAUCAGAUGGUUUUUAUUUUCGUUUUCUGACUUCAGCGUCACACAGCUGAUCCGAAGCGAGUUUAAAGCCCUGCCAGCUGGACCAGGGAGCCGCAGUGAAGGAGGAACACUCCUCAGAUCUUGAUCAAGGCUGACUGGUGAAAAGCACAGGAUGGCAGAUUUUGGGCUGUAUAACUACCAGAAGGAGGUGAUCCAAAGGGCUCUGCUGAGAGAAAACAUCAUUAUUUGGCUGCCAACAGGAGGUGGGAAGACCAGAGCUGCUGUAUAUGUGGCCAAAAGGCAUCUGGAGACCACCGAAAAUGCUAAGGUGGUGGUCCUGGUCAACAAGGUCCACCUCGUGAAUCAGCAUUUCGCCAACGAGUUCGAGCCUGCUCUGGGAAGCCAAUACAGGCUUGUGAAGGUGAGCGGAGACAGCGACGAGAAGGAUUUCUUCGGCAAAGUGAUUCAGAGCAAAGACGUCAUCAUCUGCACAGCGCAGAUCCUUUACAACGCCAUGAUCAACAAGGAGGAGUCGAAGCACACGGAGCUGUCAGAUAUAACUCUGCUGAUCAUCGACGAGUGUCACCACACCCACAAGGAAGAGGUCUACAACAAAAUAAUGAGGAUCUACGUGGAGAAAAAACUGAAAGGAGAGGGGCCGUUGCCACAGAUCCUGGGUCUCACAGCGUCGCCCGGGACAGGCGGUGAAGAGUUMCUGGAAGGUGCUGUGAAGCACAUCCUGCAGAUCUGCUCCAACUUGGACUCAGCCAUAGUCUCAACUGAGAACCACAAAACUGAGCUGAAGAAGAUGGUACCCAAACCCAGAAAGACCUUUGAUAUUGUGGAGAAACGGUUCGCUGAUCCAUUUGGAGAUCAYCUGAAGUGGAUGAUGCAUCAGAUCCACGAGUUCAUGAACCUUCCUUCUGACGUCAGGCUGAGAGAGUGCGGCACGCAGGAGUACGAGGCCGACGUGGUGGAGCUGGAGAAGAGAGGAGUUCGAGACAAGAACAGAGUUGUGUCUCAGUGCGCGCGUCAUCUCAGACAGUACAGCGAUGCCUUGCUCAUCAACGACACGCUUCGAAUGCAGGAUGCUUUUCACUCCCUGGAGGACUUCUACAACUCAGAGCUCUCCUCAGCCAUCGACGGAACGGACAUCUUCCUCGUGGGGCUUUUCGAAGAGAACCAGGUGGAGCUGAACGAUCUGGCCACAAACCCCUGCUUUGAGAAUCCAAAAAUGGCCAAGCUUGAGGAGGUUCUUUUAAACCAGUUCGGUUCUGGCGUCCCGUCUAAGGGAAUCCUUUUCAGUAAAACRCGCAAAAGCACCCGCUGUCUCAACGACUGGGUCCGCCAGAACCGGGCCCUGCAGAGAGCUGGCAUCAAACCAGCCAUCCUCACUGGGGCGGGCAACGGCAUCGAUUACAUGACGCAGAACGAGCAGGCCGACACGAUCCGCAACUUCCGCAGGGAUAAGCUCAACCUCCUGAUCUCCACCAGCGUGGCGGAGGAAGGCCUCGACAUUCCCGAGUGCAACCUGGUGGUCCGUUACGGGCUCCUCACCAAUGAGAUUGCCCAGCAGCAGGCCAGCGGGCGCGCCCGAGCCAGAGGCAGCCARUACUCGGUGGUCGCUCAGGAAGGAGGGCGGGAGGUCCACAGAGAGCACCACAACGAGGCCCUGGAGGAGCUGACCGCACAAGCCAUCGCUAAGGUCCAGCGUAUGAGCGCGCCAGAGUUUCGCAGAGAGAUCACACGCCUUCAAACCGAGACCAUCCUUUCCAACAAGCUUUCAGAGGAACGUAAAAUGGAGAAGAGGAACCGCUACCCUGCGUCCGGCGUCCAGCUGCUGUGUAGAAACUGCUUCAGAGAGGUGGCUUCAGCGAGUGACAUCAGACUUCUUGAAAAUGCACACUUUGUCAACGUMAACUCUGAUUUUAAGAAUUAUUACAAACGUGGCGAAAAUCUGACACUGUCAAAAACCUUCGAGGACUGGGAGCCUGGAUGCACGGUCCUUUGUAAUAAUGGCAACUGCAACAAGAAGUGGGGAUUUGAAAUCCAAUACAAAGACUGCCUCCUGCUGCCGAUGCUAGCCAUUAAAAAUUUUGCCCUGGAGACUCCAGAGGGAAGGCAGACCGUGAAGAAGUGGAAAGAUGUUUCUUUCGUGGUGGAGGACUUUAACUUUGAAGAGUACGGCCUCAGCAUYCACCCUGACUUAUUUGAUUAAAGCUCAGAUCUCAUUUCUAAACCUCUAGAGUAGUURUAGUGUGAUGAGGUAAGUGAUUCCUGAGAGCCUCUUUUGAAAACUUGCCUCCACACAUCCUGAGUCUUACUUGUGCUGGAGUUAGCUGUGCGCUAAWAUCUGUUACUCAUCAGGCUGCUUUGUUUAUGCUCCAGGUUUGAGUUUCCUCUGCUUCAUUUAAGUCAGAAGACUCAGCUGUAACAUUAUGAACUUUAACUGAACAUUUUGCACUUCAUCCAGACAGGAUGAUUCCCUUAAAAGUCACUUUUAAAGAAUUUUUACGCACCUUUUAAGUAGUGUUGCAGCAGCAUCUUGUUAUAUAUUUUAAUUGCUUAUGCUUUAUUUUUUUCUUCAUUUGAUUUUUGCUUUUUAAAGUAAAUUUAAUGAAGUUUUAACAUGAUUUUAGGGGGGAAAGAAUCRAUCAAUUACAAUGUACUUGUGCCAUCCUCUAGGUGGCAGUGUUGGUUAAACAAUGGUAACAUGCUGUUUUCCUGUUUGUCUGCACCAGUUUGGAAAAGUUAGAGCCAAAGCUUUAUCUGAUGCUUCCUAAUCUGAGAGCUCACUGAUGCUCAGAAAGCUUGAAGAUGCAGAUGGGAUUCAGAAUCCCAGCAUGUGCUGUAAAUAUAAAAAACUAUGAGGUAAACUUGUGUUUUUCUGCUCACAAAAACCAAACGUUGCUGUUGGAUCAAGGGCACUUACUGACCRGCUGCUUCAGUAAAAUAAAUCAAGAAUUGUUAGAUCUUGAUGUUUGAUCGUGUUUUUUUAAGAAAAAAAAAUCAAAAUUUGCAGUUGCUUUAUUAAGUUAUUCAGGCAAAAUGCACUAAAAUGUUUUAGAUUAUGUUUGCAAACAGUUAAACUGUUUUAAUGAUCUACUUUUGUGUACAUUCGAAAUGUAUUUGAAAGUCAUUUUUAACCCACCAUGUAAAAAGAAAUGAUUAAUUGAUAAUAAAGUUGAUUUCCUUUGAA